AUGUUGGACGAAAGCAUGACGUUCAAAUCGGUGUCUACAUCCGGCACGGUAUCGAGCAAGGCGAGCAGCCUGUUCGAUCUCGACGAGCAUGGCAGUAAAUCCAUUCUCGUCUACAAGUACCGCUCAGGCGCCAAAGGCCUAGAAGUCAAGACCGAGAGCACGCUCUGCGAGGAGCUCGACAAAGACCCCUCAUUACCCUUCAUCCGCGUCACCAAGAAGCCCAUACCCCGUGGAAACAGUCGUCUAGACAUUCUAGGCGAAGACCUCAUGAUGCCCGAAGAGCGCGAAAAGUACGCCGAGAAGCCCACGCUCAAGGCCUCCGUCGCAAACGUCGGCCUGCCUACACUCGCAAAGUGGAAACACAUGAUCCUCGGAAGCUACGACGAUCUCUACAUCGUGUCGCGAUCCGUUACGCCCACGCCAGAGUCGAGCAAGAACAGCAGUCCAGAGUCGAGCCAGCACGUCAGUCCCGCGACGACGUUCCCUUCGCAUGCAAACCAUCCCUUGACGAAUCCAGAUGCGUAG